CGCGCCCCCCAGCCCCCCGGCCUGGUCCCAUGGCCCUGGUCACCGUGAGUCGCUCGCCCCCGGCCAGCGGCCGCUCCACGCCCGUGGGGCCCUCGAGCCGGGCAGCCGGGCAGAGAGGCCGACUCCAGCGACGACAGAGCUUUGCCGUGCUCCACGGGACGCUCCUCAGACUGCAUGACGACGGAGGGGACGACGGAGGGGACGAUGGAGGGGACGAUGGAGAGGCCUCUGAGGGCAGCCCUGAAGCCCCGGGGGAGCCCCGGGGGGAGGAGGAGCCCGUCGGGGACCAGACUGACACUGGGGACCAGGUCGACACCGGGCACUGUGACCAGAGCGUCCAGAAACAGGAGCAGAGCCACCACCUGCGCCUCAUGGUGGGGCUGCUGAGGCCGCAGGAUGACAUCCGCCUGGCAGCCCAGCUGGAGGCCGCGAGGCCGCCCCGGAUCCGCUACCUACUGGUGGUCUCCACCCGAGACCUCCUGAGCCAAGACGAGACAGUCCUCCUGGGGGUCGACUUCCCCCACAGCAGCUCCCUGAGCUGCACUCUGGGCCUGGUCUUACCUCUCUGGAGUGACACACAGGUGUACCUGGACGGCGACGGUGGCUUCAGCGUGACGUCUGGUGGACAGAGCCGGAUCUUCAAGCCCAUCUCUCUCCAGACCAUGUGGGCCACACUCCAGGUGUUGCACCAGGCCUGUGAGGCGGCUCUGGGCAGUGGGCUGGUGCCAGGGGGCAGUGCCCUCAGCUGGGCCAGCCACUACCAGGAUAGACUGAGCUCCGAGCAGGGCUGUCUCAACGAGUGGAUGGCCAUGGCGGACCUGGAGUCUCCGCGGCCCCCGAGCACCGAGCCCGGCGGGGCCUCGGAGCAGGAGCGGAUGGAGCAGGCGAUCCGGGCCGGGCUGUGGGCUGUGCUGGAGUCCAGCGACCUGGAGAGCGUCACUUCCAAAGAGAUCCGCCAGGCCCUGGAGCAGCGCCUGGGCUGCCCGCUGCAGCAGUAUCGGGACUUCAUCGACAACCAGAUGCUGCUGCUCAUGGCCCAGCAGGACCGGGCCUCGCUCAUCUUCCCGCACCUCUACCUGGGCUCCGAGUGGAACGCGGCCAACCUGGAGGAGCUGCAGAGGAACAGGGUCAGUCACAUCCUGAACAUGGCCCGCGAGAUCGACAACUUCUACCCCGAGCGCUUCACCUACCACAACGUGCGCCUGUUGGACGAGGAGUCGGCGCAGCUGCUCCCGCACUGGAAGGAGACGCACCGCUUCGUGGAGGCCGCCAGGGCGCAGGGCACGCGGGUGCUCGUGCACUGCAAGAUGGGCGUGAGCCGCUCGGCGGCCACCGUGAUGGCCUACGCCAUGAAGCAGUACGGCUGGGGCCUGGAGCAGGCGCUGCGCCACGUGCAGGAGCUGCGGCCCGCCGCGCGCCCCAACCCCGGCUUCCUGCGCCAGCUGCACACCUACCAGGGCAUCCUCACGGCCAGCCGGCAGAGUCACGUCUGGGAGCAGAAGGCGGGUGGGGCCCCCCCGGAGCAGCCCCCGGACCCCGAGCUCUCCGCCGUGUUACCGCCUCUCCCGCCGGAACCGGGCAGCAGCGGGGAGACGGCGGCGACCGGGAUGGCGGAGAGCCAGGCGGCCCCCUGCCAAGAGCCGGGGCCCCGGCCCCGCAUCAACCUGCGCGGGGUCAUGAGGUCCAUCAGCCUCCUGGAGCCCCCCGUGGAGCUGGAGAGCACCCCUGGGGCCGAGGACCUGCCAGAGGUCUUCUCUUCAAGUGAGUCUUCGAAUGGGAGCCCUGCGCCCUCGCAGGCCAGGGGCCAGGGGCAGGCGCGCAAGGAGCCCUGGACCGCCCGGACGGCCCGGCAGUCGGUGGUCGCCCUCAACAGCGCCGCGCUGGUGGCCAGCCGGAGCCAGGCCUUCCGGGAGCGGGAGCAGGGGCAGGCCGGCUGCUCCCCGGCCCGGAAGGUGGUGCGACAGGCCAGCGUGGAGGGCAGCGGGGAGGACGAGGAGGCCUGAACCCUCGCAGGCCUCUGCCCCCUCUGGCAAGUCCCCGGGACACCCCAACACUACAGCCUCACCUCCUCCAGCCUUAAACCUCAGGCCUGUGCCUACGCACCGGGCGCCAGCCUGCCCCGGGAAGGGGUGUGGACGGGACGCAGAGCCUGGGGCCGCGGUCUAGCGGGGAGGACACUUGCCUUGCACGCGGCCGACCCGGGUUCGAUCCCCUGCAUCCCUUAGGGUUGAUUCCUGAUGCAGAGCCGGGAGUAACCCCUGAGCAUCACUGCGUGCGACCCACAAAGCAAAAAAAAAAAAAGAGAGAGAGCCUAGGGACAGUGGCCCCUCGCUUCAUUCCCGCGGCUCCCUCGUCUCCGCGGCCACGGGGCGACACUGCCUCCCCGCGCAGAGGCGGGACGAGCCUGCACUCAGCCGCGCGUCCGGGAGCCCUCUGAGGGGGCUGGCCGUUGGCCCCCUUCCCAUGCACCCCACCGCUGUCUUCUGCUGCUGUGCCCCACCCGUGGCUCUGUCGUGGGCCAGAAGCACCAGGCCAGUGUUGCGGCCUUCACGACCUUUCCCAGCUCUCACGGUUUAAUCGUGUUCUAGCUUUGUACUUCAGAAAUAAAAAUGCAUUUUCACAUAAUUUUCA